CCAACCUGGACGUCUAUACUCGUCCAUGGUCGUUAUCGGGUUAAGAAUGCUAUUCUAUGCCCACUUGCUGAUCAUUAAGAAUUGGAUUUCCCCUAGGAGUCCAAGUUGUGUCGAAUGGCAGGACUACCAAAAAGCAGUGAUCUUGCAGUUCCCUCAUGAAGAUGGCUUAAAAUCUAAAGUUCCAAACACUUCGCAGACCCCUUCAUGUGCUCCAUCUGAACAGGUGAUUCAACAACAGUGCACUAGCCUUACACUGUUUCCUACUGUUGAAGCUUACAAUGAGGAUGAAAAUUAUGAGGAGGAGGACGACAAAUUUUCUGCUGGUGAUUCUGGUAGAAAGCAGCGUUUUAGCCCCCAGGAGAAGCAAAUCUCAGUUGAGGAGGUUUCAAGCCACUAUGAAGACCUUUUUGGCAGAGAGUCAGAUCGUGUCCCUCUAUCAAUCCGGAAACAAAUAUGGCGCAACUUUUGCCACAAAAUUAAUGCAUGCAGGAGACUUGUUAAAGCCAAACUUUCCAAAAUACACAAACAUUGUAAACAGACCACAAGCAAAAAACUAACUGCUUUAGAGGAGAUGAUGGCUGACACCCUCCAUCGUGAGCAAAUCGAAGGAAUUGGCAAUUAUGACUUGAUGGCUGGACUUCAAGUCAAUUUGCAUGGGAGUAAAGAGGAUGAGGAGUCACCUCUUCAACUUACCCAGGAACAGUAUGAAGAAAGCCCUGUAAACUCGGGACCAGAUGAACCACCAGAAACAGCAAAAAUGAAACAGCAAACUCCACACUGCCAGACAUGGACUUUGAAAGAUUACCUAACUUGGUGCAAAGUUAUAUGGCUAAAAAUGAGAUAAAUAGUUCAAAAUAUCUUUCCGCAAUCGAAAAUCUAACUACUGUUGUCCAGCAGUCUAGUGUUAAAGUCUGUGAGGAGGUAUCUGGUGUAAGCAAAGCCAUUUUGAUGCUUAAUGCUAACAUGUGUCGUAUAGCUGAUCACAUGGAUUCUUGGGGUACACAUCUGAGUUCAAACAUUGUAGAGGGCCACCAAAAAGGUAGUCUAAUUGGUUCCAACAAAGAAAGAAAUACGUCUGUGGAAAUCCCAAAUGAAGCAUGCUCUUCCAGUAACCCAAAUUGUCUAAAUACUAGAAAUGCAAAGCAAAGUCCCACAGUUUUGGAUAUUAAUAGCAGUGACAGUGAUGCUGGCCAUUUUGUAGGCCAAGUAAAAUCUUGUACUGUUGCCAACCUGGAUCUUGCUUGUCAAGAUGCGGCCAUGUGCCAGCCACAAAAUAAAACUAGCCCUUCCGAACAGCAAAAAUUCCUAUUAAAUAUUAAGAAAGAAAUGAUGUCUACACCCCCAAACAAACAAAAUAUCUCAGAGCCAAAAAAAUAUCCAAAAAGAUUGCGUAAUUUAGCCAAGAUGGGUCAUCCCGAACCUCACAACCCUCCACCUACCCAAAAAAAUAACCCCCCCCCCCAAAAAAAAACACCAAAAAAUAAUUUCCCUCAAAAAUGGGUGCAGUUACACCACGAAUUUGUGGAUACUGGACCGUAUACGGCAGGGGAGGGUGGGGGGCUGAAGAACUCUCUAUUGCCGUAUGCGGUCCUGUAUGUAAUGUAUUUCAAGGAGCCAACCCGGACUGAAAGGCUGACUCCGGUAGGCUCAGUUUGGCAAUG